GCCAGGCGCUUUGCGUGAGAGCUCUGCAUUCAUUUGCAGACGAAUUAGUCAGCCUCAACGGCACGGAGCUGCUCGCAGACACGAAAUCGCACUUCUAGCCAUGUCUCGUCUCUUUCUGCUGCUACACGCAUUGGCCGUGAUUGGUUCUGCGGCUAAGGAUGGAAUGUGCCCUGCUCCAACGAGUCAACAGACAUGCAGCCUCAAGAAAUGUACUGGAGGCGAUGAUUCGUCUUGUUCUCAACAGGAGAAAUGCUGUUUGCUGUCAAAAGUAUGUGGUUAUGUUUGCGUUUCUCCCGUAGUACUGCCUACAUCAAGCAGUCUUUCAAAGAACGCAAGUUUAUGUUUGGCAGCAAAGUGUUAUGGAUGUCGAGUAGUCAAUGGAACAGCACAUUGCGGAUGCAUCGACAAGACUAAUAAAUAUUAUCACUCUCAAAUGUUUAUGUCAAGUGACGGUUGUAAUACAUGCUGGUGUAGAAACGGAACAAUCGGCUGCACAAAAAAGGCAUGCACAACAACACCACCACUAACAUGUCAGAGCGUGUUGUGCCCGAAAGGCACUGUGUGUGUCCUAAAAAAAGUGCAGUGUAUUACGACUCCUUGCUAUCCGGUUCCUCAAUGCGUCAAACCUCCGACUGGCGUUCCUUUUUCCAUACAGCCGACGAUAUCAGUAGACUUGUGUGCAACUGUGCGAUGUGGAUUUGGUCAAGUUUGUGUUGUGCAGUCAGUUCAGUGUAAACAACCGCCGUGUGGUCAACAAGCAGUUUGCAUUGGCGGCUCGAGUUCUACUGCUGGUACACCAACUGUGUCUCCAUGUGCAGCAAAAUAUGCUAAUGGGUUUUGUCGAAAAGGAGCUCCGUGUACUGUUAUAGGUCAACGUGGAUUCUGUGGUUGCAUCUACAACGGUCAGUUUUACAGACAUCAAAGUAAGGUCAACACAGACGGUUCUUGUGACGACUGCUAUUGUGAUGACGGUGCUCUCGCAUGCAGUUCUCUGAUAAAUUGUGGAGAUUCUUCGCUGUCAUGUCGUGACCCUAGUGGUGUAGUCACACCUUUUGGUUCUCAAUGGAUGCCUAACAGUUGUACAACAUGUCUAUGUGCAUUGUCUGCUUAUGGUCCUCGAGGCUAUUGUGUCACACCAUCAUGUGACUAUUGUCCUGGAGGACGUCGUGUUCCAGGUCAAUGUUGUCCAGUUUGUCCAACAAAACGGCCUCCAACUGUGUCUAGCACUGCUGUACCCACCAAUGUCUCCUUAUGUCGACUGCUGCGUUACAUGGUGCGAGGCAUUCUAAUUGAUCCUAAUAACGGCGCAUUACCCACAUCAAGAUCUCAUCAAAGAAACCGGCGAGCUUUCACUUCUGAUGGAAAAGUGUCACCAGCACCGAAUGCAAACCCGUCACCGGCACCUGAUGUUAGUGUUAGCGACAGCGUUCAAGCAGACUCGUUUAGUAGUCUCUCAAGCGCCUGGCAAACGUUAGGCCAACGUUUUCCAUUCUUUCCGUUGGUCAAUUAUGUGGAGAACAACUUCACUCGAUUUUCGUUGAAAAACAAUGACUCGUUGGUGGUUUUUGCCCCCAUCUGCAAUAGCGAUGGCUCGUUUCAGAGAGAGCAGUGUGUCACAGUGAGAUCUAAAUUGAGAUGCUUUUGUGUGAACCCAACGACUGGCGAUCCGUAUGCCAUCAGGCAAUACCAGCCAGGAACUAAAACUCUCCAGCCAUGUCGUGCUCCUCCACGUCUGACUGCAUGUCAAUCGCAACUAUACAACGUCUUUUUAUGGAUUCUGAAGGGCUUCGGUAAUGAUGACGGUCGUCAACGGGUUGGACGAGCAAUCGAUGAUUCUGGAGUACAGGCGACUCCUUAUGUCGUUCCAAGUCCGGCUGUUGGCAUAAGUCAAGAUGCUACGGCAGACAACAUUUUUAAUCUGUCGGGUAUUAUUCCUUUUGUUCCUACGUGUAACAACGAUGGCUCGUUUGCGUCGAUGCAAUGUGACGCGGCGAACGUAUCUUGCUGGUGUGUCAAUUCAAGGACAGGAGUUAAGCUUUCAGGGACAGACCGAGUACGUCCGUUACGACCUCUCUGUAAAGAUUCGUGCACUAAAUGCUACCUUCCUUGUCCUUUGGGUCAGAAGUCGGUUGGAACAAACUGCACGGGUUGUCGGUGUGAGUCAAUAACGCCGAUUUGUUUACCAAUCAGCUGUAGUAAACGUCACUGUAAUCUUGGGCAGGUUCCGCAAGGAAACAACUGUACAGGAUGUCAGUGCGUAGCCGACUCAAAGUGCCCUCCUGUCAAGUGUGGUCUAUACUGUCCAAUGGGAUUUCAACGUGACAAAACUGGUUGUUUUGUUUGUGGAUGUAUACAAGCUCCUACUCCUGGGCCUUGUGCCACUGCAUCAUGCCUUAAUCCGUGUCCCCGUGGAAACGUGAUGACAGGAAAAGACUGUUCAACAUGUAGCUGCCGAUCAUCAUCUUCUCCCUGUUCAUUUCGGUCUCUAUACGCGUGUUUUAAUACCAAUGAGCUGCAGAGUCAAACUGUCAACUCUACCUGUCGUGCUGCAACAGCUGCCAUUGGCUGCUACAAUCGACUUGUCAAUGCUGGUCAGAUUGCAGGCUGUAGUGCUAGUGAGAAAAAGGAAAUUGGAGAGAGAUUGGCCGUAGCAAAGAAGAGGCAGAUUGCAACAUGCCAGAAAUCAGGAUGCAGAUAUGGUGGAAACUCAUACCGAAACAAUGACAAAUUUCCAGCUUCGGAUGGUUGCAACACAUGUGUGUGCAGUCAAGGCAGCACUAGUUGUACUGAAAUCGGAUGUGUUGGCAAUACAGUCUGUGUAUACAAUUCCACUACAAGACGCAGUGGAUCAAACUUUAAUGCACUGGAUGGCUGCAACACAUGUGUGUGCAGUGAAGGAACUGUGGCGUGUACGGAGAAGGCAUGCGAUCAGACAAGGUAUCUCCACAUUCAAUUACGUUUUGCUGUGGACUACAAAACAGUCAUAACCAACGAACAAAGAAAAAAGGAGUUCAUGACUGACCUUCGUACUUUGAUUUCUCGUCGGCUACAAAUCUCUCCAGCCCAAGUCACCAUCAUAGAUGUGAAGGAAGGCAGCAUUAUAGUUGAAUUUUCCGUUCAAGCUCCAGAUCUUGACACAGUGCAACAACAGUUAGACGAUGAUAUCACCAGCCAGUCGUUUGAGUUCAUUUUUAACAGCGUGACUCUGAUACCAGACAACACACAAGUGACAUACCAGAAACAAGUCGGUGCCAUACCGACUGCAGACGACGACGACGAAGCAUCCAAUACAGCAUUGAUCGUGGGCGUGGUAUGUGGUGUCAUUGCUGCAGUCGUUCUUGUUGUUGUCAUCGUCGUCAUUGUGAUUGUUCGUCAGAAGAAAUGUGGGAACAAUAGUGAGCCUGUUGGUUACUCGAAGCAAUACUCUGCAAGUGAAGGCUCAGAUCGCAUCAAAUUCUCAUCUCAACCACUUUAGGGUUUGCAUCCAGACUAGCACUGGAAUCGUAGAGAUGGACACAGAGAGACAUGCAGAGCAUUGCUGCACGCUUAGAAACUUCGUAUUUUCUACAAAUAUCUAUACAACGAGCUGUUGCCGACUAGAUUGAUUUAAUGGUUAUAAAGCACCAUUUACGUGUGCAAAACGUCACAAAGAAA